GGCAUUUAGAUAUCAAAAUAACACAACCUACGAAUGGCUUUCAUUCUCCUCCUAUUUGCAUAGGUAAGCACUCUAAAUAGCUGUAUUUCCAGUGAUAAAAAUAUAACAUCGAUUACUACUUAUCCUGUGUAUGUUAUCAAAAGAUAAUCUUAUCAUCUCAAACACUAUUUUCAUCGCACCUCAAUUACCUACAAACUAUGAAAACUAUUAUAAGAUGAUCUCUGAUUACUCAUAUUUUUCAUUAACGUUAAGGUCGAAGAUAUAAUGGAAACACCGUAAAAGAUACGGUCACCUUAGACUGUCCACCACGCGAACAGACGUAACAGCCAUUAGAAGUCGAUUCGAAUUUGGAAUUUAUUGCUUAACGAUACGGUAUACAAUUGAAUAUCUUUCCCAAUGAAUGUUAGGGCUGUUUUCAGUGCCUGUAUACAAGUGAAUCAUUAGUGACUCACAAUUAUAAUACGCUUCAUAUAUGAAGGACAGAUAUUAGGUAUCCUAACAUCAUUCAAUGUCAUUGUAUUUAAAACCUUCAACUGUUUUUUUGUUCACUUCAAAGUUUGAGGGCAGUACGCUGUACAAAGGCGUUUUAGAUAGCCAGUGAUUUUCAAUUGUUAUUUCACUUGUACAUUACCAAUACUUAGUGCUUGCGUUAGUGUUUAGGAGAGUUUUGUAGUGACUGGUAGUGUUUGUUUACUUUUUAUUGUAUAAUGGAUCAUCCGGCAUUUGUUGAGGCUGGAGCAGCAGCUGGUAUCGAAAUAUGGACCAUAGAAAAAUUUGAGCCGGUCCCCAUAGACAAGAAAAUGUAUGGGAAAUUCUACAAUGGAGAUUCAUACAUCGUGUUGAAGACGACAGGCGACGACCAAUCCUCGCUCUCCUACGAUGCGCACUUCUGGCUUGGUUCCAAAACCACCCAGGACAAGAAGGGUUCCGCAGCCAUAUGGACUGUGACGCUGGACGAUAUGCUGGGCGGACGCGCCGUCCACCACCGCGAGGUUCAGGGCCACGAGACCGGACAGUUCCUAGGGUAUUUUCAACCUGCAAUCAGAUACCUGGAGGGUGGAAACGAAUCCGGCUUUAAUGAGGUAGAAACGAACGCUGGCGCUGAGAAGAGGUUACUCCGGCUCUCUGGCUGUGACAACAUGAGGAUUGAGGAGGUACCAGCGGAGGCUUCCUCUCUAACCAAAGACCAGUGCUUCAUUCUGGAGAACGAGCACGACAUCUUCGUGCUGAUGCCGGAGGGAGCCAAGGCCACGCAGAGACGGAAGAUCAUUAGCGUGGCUAAUAGUCUGCGGGAUGAUUAUCACAACGGGCGGGCCACCAUCGAGAUCAUUGACGAAUUCUCCUCAGAUGAAGACGUGGCGUUGUUCUUUGAGACCCUCGGCUCCGGAUCCAAGGAUGACAUUGCUGACGACUCUGCUGAGGAGACCUACACCCGGGAUGGCACAACGGUGUUCCUGUACAAGGUCCUGGCAGGAGACGAGCUGGAGCUGGUGGCCGUCAAUAGGCCUUACAAGCAGAAGCACCUUACUUCCGACGCGAUCUUCAUCCUGGACACGCCGUGUUCCGGCGUCUUCCUGUGGCUGGGCAGCGACGUGGAUGCCGACGCGAAGAAGAACUACCACGACAUCGCUCAGAAGUAUUUGGAGAUCAAGGGAUACCCUUCUUGGUUGCCAGUGACCAGGGUGACAGAGGGCGCCGAGAGCUCCACUUUCAGACAGUUCUUCAACAACUGGGACACCGUCGGCACGGGCUACUCGUCCGUACGGAGUUACGUCUCCGAAUUCGAUGCUGGCUACUAUUCGGGAGACGCCGAAGAAUCGGCCGCCACAGCCAAGCUGAUCGGUAAAAGCGCUGCCGCGAGAGGCUACAUGCCCGAUCUAGGGGCUGGUAAUCUGGAAGCCGUGUUUAGGUUGGCAGAAGGAGAAAAAGAGGAUAUAACCGAGAAGAUGGCAGAAUCCCCAGCUCUGUACAGCUCAGACUGUUAUGUUGUUAAGUACCAAUGCAACGAAGAGAGCGAUGGAAAAUAUGUCAUCUACUGGUGGAUUGGUAAAGAUGCGUCAACUGAUGACAAAAAAGCUGCGCGCGAACUGGCCACAGACUUAGAGAUCGAGUUGGACGAAACAGUCACGGUAGUCAAAGUACCUCAUGGGAAGGAACCAAAACAUUUCAUAAGCAUUUUCCAUGGCAAUUUGAGUAUUUUCUACGGAGGUAAAGAUAUGGACUAUGCGCCUGUUAACUCUUGUAAGAAAACCAGCUCUGAAGAAGACACAUUCGUUCGGCUUUUCAGGGCGCAAGGAACAACAGAAGGGGUGGAUACAAGACUCGUACAAGUUAUCGAAAGUCCCGACACGUUUCAAGACGAUGGAGUUUUUGUGUUGGAGACGCCUGAUGUGGUCUACUGUUGGUAUGGAAAGGACGCUUUGCCGUUGGAGCGUGAAUACGGGUCAAACUGCGCUCAGAAGCUAGCUGACGGUAAAGAAUGCCAGGAGGUCGAGCAGGACGAAGAGCCUGACCAGUUCUGGGAUGCUCUAGGGGGAACGGCAGAAGAGAAGGAAGACGCAUCAGGCUGGACAUUGGAAGUGAACAGACGUGUAACAUCACCACCUACAUUGACAACUGUCAGUGUCUCUGUCAGCGGGAAAAUUAAGUUUGAAGAGCUGCCCCUGGACUAUAAGCAAGAGGAUCUCUCUGACGACGGAGUAUACGUUCUAGACACGGGUGAAGAGUUGUAUCUGUGGCAGGGCAAGAACAUCCCUGAGCGCGUCAAGUCUGCCCGGAGCCAGAUAAUUGAGGAAUACAUAGCGGAUGACGGACUGGAGCGAACAGUUGACUCUGCUAUCGUGGUGACCGUUAAGCAGGGUGCGGAGCCGAAGGUGUUCAAGAAACUUUUCCCUAGCUGGGAGGAUGAUAUGUGGGACAACCAAACGUCAUACGAAGACCUGAAGAAUGAAGCCAAGGCAGCAAACUCUAAAUAAAAACCAAAUAAUUUAAGCUAAGCAUCUUUUUUAUUUAUACAUUAACAGUUUUGUUCACUAUAUUACACUUAUUAAUAAAAUUAUUAUAAAAAAAAAAA